GCCUAGCGGCGGCUAAACAGCGGCGGUGGCCAAAAAUGCCGCUAGUUGAAGAGAUCCCGGCUGAGGUCAGCGGCGGUCUGGAUUGGUACCGCUAAACGUGAUUGGAUAGCGGCCGUGCAGUCAGAACCGCUGCCAAUUUGUUGUAUAUAUCUUCAACCCUCAUGACUUUACCCAAAAUCUUGGCGCGAACAAAAGCUGCAGCAGAGGCGCGAAGAGCACCCAAACUCCCUCUGGCGGAACCUACCUGCGAGUACACCCAGAAACGCCGCUAGAAACCCGUCACUUGAUUUUGGUAGCGCGCCAAACACGAGCGGGAGCAGAGCUGCGAAGUUGAGCAUCUCAUCGGUAGUGCGUGAAACCGCGACAUCGUCCUCCACCGUGCGCGAAUCCUAGCCAUCGCUGCUUCCCCCUUUCACUGGGAAAUUGGAGUGCCGAGACUUCUAUCUCAUUUGCAGCAGCCGUUGUUUCGUGGAGAAGAUGAUAAAUGCGUCCCCAUUCUAUUCGUUGGAUGACGCAAUAACAUUUGCAAGGCAGUUGUGGUUCAAUGAGUCUAGUAUACAAUCAUGGCUAGAUGCCUUUUCUGGUCGCCGAAUCCUCAAUCUGGCCAUUCGUUAUGCGCCGGGUUCAAUGAUGAAGGAAUUAAAUCAAUGGGAUCGUAUGUACCGGGCUAAAUUUGGGUUUCAGUUUAUAACAAGUACGAACACGUGGUGCUCACUGGAAAUACUUGACGAGGUGAAGUCACGCCAUGAAAACUCCCUUGUUGUUGAACUGGAUAUUGCGGCACGGGAGGAAUUCAACCUCAUAGAACAUGGCCUUGAUCGACUAUGGGACAGAAUGUCUCGGGAGAAUAUUCAGAAGGAGUCUGAAGAACCGGGGGAGGUAGUUCCAGAUUCAUUGGAUGGAGAGGAUGUUGUCCCUUCCGAUAGCUCUAAUGGCGAAGGUGCUGAUGAUACCAAGGCUUCCACGCUGUCAUAUGACCUGAAUUUGACGCCAGAAGAGAAUGAAUAUCCUUAUACUGGAAUGUCUCCUGAGGAGAGAAAUGCGUGGCACUUGGCUGUGUGGGCUACUAGAUACUUGAAACCUUGAGGAUAUGUAGUUUAGAUGAAGAAUUGCGGUCUAGGUUGUACAGGGUAGCCAGGACGUGUUGGUUGAAAUUUAUCUUGACUUUAUAACUAUUUUCUACAUUACCUUGGAUUGUUAUUAUGCUAGGUAGAAGGCCACUGGUCUCCUAGUAUGUUAUUUCUCAACUUUGGUGAA